AUGCACAACGAGGUGAUAAUAGGAAGACCGAUACUCCGUCGAUUAAAAGUCAUUCCCAAACACUUUCCAAACGUGGUGACAAUAUCAAAAGUGGAGUCGCUCGAGGAAGAACUGCAUCGCGAAUUCCCAACCACACUGACGGAUCGUCUGCCGGACUGCGCCAUGCACGGAGAGCCAAUGCAAAUACACCUCCGAGAAGACGUCGAGAUAAAGCCAACAAGACGUCUAACGGCACGUCAAAUUCCCCUAGCGAGACAAGCUGCAGCAGAGGAAGUCGUGACCAAAUUAUUGCGACAAGGAAUCAUAAAGAGAGUAGACAAACCAACCCAAUGGAUAUCUCCGGGAUUCUUCGUGCCAAAAUCGGAUGGAAAAGGG